AUGGCGAAAAAACCAACCUUCACAGCUCAAGAGCUCGACGUGCUGGUAGAUGAGGUGGAGAGGAAGAGGCUGCUACUGUUCUCCAAGUUUAAGAACACCAUCACCAACGCGGACAAAAAAGCAGCAUGGGAGGAGGUAGCCCAGCGUGUUAAUGCAGUUGGCCUGGGCUACAAUCGGACAGCGGAGAUGGUGCGCAACAAAUGGAGAGAUUACUCCAGCGUCACCAAGAGGAAGGCGGCAGCGUUGCGGAGGGAGCAGCAGCGGACGGGCGGUGGCACCCACUCGGUGGAGAGCCUUAGUCCGAUAGAGGAGCGGGUCCUUGGUGUCCUCGGAGAGGAGGCACUUGCAGGUGUACGAGGCGGCCUCGACCCUCUCCUGGAACGGCUCCAGGCUACCCAACGUCAGCCAUCCUCUUCAUCUUCCACCUCCUCACAGCGCGCUUCCCGUCCCCCGGAGCCCCUCUCCAGUCACCUGGACCGCCCCACACCUGCAGAGGUCCUCCUGCAUUCCAUCGAAGAUCCAGCGGACACCCCCUCCGAAUCCCCGACCCGCCGAGUCCAGACCCGUCGAGUCCCCGACCCUCUCCCACCACCUGCGUCUUCGGCCCGCCUAGACCCUCUGUCUUCCCCCAGAGGUUCUCACCACCCCUCCUCCCUGUCCCAAUCACCCCAAUCCACCCGCACUGCAUCAGCAGUGUCCCCCUACCCCAGGAGAAGGCAGUCACGGAGGUGUCGCGACCAUUGCGACUGCUGUGACACACAGCUGAGGUAUGAGGCGGAGAAGGUGGCCCUACUUCGGAGGAUUCAGGGGGACCUAACGGCACUGAGGGAGCAGCGCCAGCGUCAUCACGAGGAGGUGAUGGCCUACCGGAGGAAGAAACUGGCGCUGCUCGCAGCAGCCAGUGCCAAAACGGCGGGUCCUGAUUGA